AUGCGCGACGUCCUCCGGAACCGUGCUCAGGCGCUUUCCCUUGCCAGAGGUCUUGCUCGACGGCCACGGCAAGGUGUGUCGCAGCGGGUGUGGCAGACGAGAUGCAUCCAGAUCCGACCCGCGCCGUCGCGAGAGCCUGUUUCGGUCAAUGGCGACAAUCUCCCCAUUGCCGGUCCUCCCAGCUCAGCUGAGACUCCUGAUGCGCGGUUCGAUGUCAUCGGGGCUCCAUACUCUUUGCUUUCCGUCACGCUUUCUGCAUCGCAAAAUCUCUAUACUCGGCGAGGAACGUUGCUUGGACUGAGUGGGAAAGCAGAUAAUGUCAUUUCGACUCUGAGCAUCUUGGAACCUACACGAAGAGCUAUCUUCGGGGUACCUUUCCUCUAUCAAAAGAUUUCAUCCGCUACCCCGGUCAAUGCCCUCGUCUCUGUCCGAUCUCCCCUUACAUCCUUUACUGUCCUGCAUCUCAAUGGCUCCGUGGAUUGGAUGAUUGCCCAGAGACGGGCGCUACUCGCAUGGUCGGGACGCUCGCUAACAAUCCGACCGAAAAUUAACUCGAACCUGAGCAUCGCUUAUUGGGGUAGCUCCGAGGUUACCGGAAGAGGAUUGCUCGCCUUGGUUGGGAACGGACAGCUAUAUUCAAUCGAUUUGAAGGCUGGGGAACAAUAUAUUGCUCAUCCUAGCAACGUCGUUGCAUAUACUAUUACCUCCAAUCCUCCUCGUCCCUACCGUUUCAAGUCGACGACCCUGAAAUUCCAGGUUCCAGGUCUCAGAAGCUUCCCUCGCUUCCUUCAGGAGUCUAAAUUCCUCCGUGCUAUGUCUGAUACAGAUACUUGGAAGACGUCGAUGCGGAUAUUCCACAAGCUCCGCACUUGGGCUCGGAUGACCAUCUGGGGAGAUAGGCUUUUCCUUCAAUUCGACGGUCCCACAAAGAUCCUCGUGCAAUCCCGCGGCCCUCGCCUGAAUGACGUUCUAUCUACUCGCGAAGUCAAUGAGAUCGCCGAUGCCCCUCGAGGCGUGACUGCUGAAGCCGUAAAGCCCUCGGAUGAAAAGAAACAGCCAUCCAAACCUAAUCACGACGAAGAAUACGAAAAAGCCGCUGAAGAGGCCGUUGAUGUUCAAGCUGCUCCUGUACCUGCACGGUCAGUUGGGUUAUUCAAGCAAGAAGUCAAAGGCGUAAACAGCGGUUACGCGGAAGUCACCAAAGGAGGGAAAGUAGUAAUCGAGACUCAAAAAAGCUAG